GUCGGAGAAGGAUAGACCCUCCUUACCCAAAAAAGAAAACAAAGUAACUCACGAGAAAGCGUAUAAUGGCUGUUCACAAAGUUAGUUUCCUCGCUCACCUACUUGUUCUUGGAAUGUUUCUACUACUUGUUGAUGCCAAGGCUUGUACCAAAGAGUGUGGUAAUUUUGCCUAUGGGAUAUGCCCUCGUUCACAAGGAACUCCGGACCAUCCCAUAUGCACCACUUGUUGCGCAGGCUACAAGGGCUGCAACUAUUACAACGCUAACGGAACUUUUAUUUGUGAAGGAUUGUCUGACCCCAAAAAUCCAAACUUUUGUCCCCAGUUUUGUGAUCCAGAUAUUGCCUAUUCAAAAUGCCCGCGUUCAGAAGGAGAGACGAUAAUUAAUCCCACCGGAUGCACUACCUGUUGUACGGGCUACAAGGGUUGCUACUACUUCGGUCAAGAUGGUGAGUUUGUUUGUGAAGGAGAGAGUGAUGAACCCAAGAGUUGUACUACGGAAUGUGACCCUAGAGUUGCUACCAUAAGUUGCCCGAUUUCUGGAUUGGUAAAGAUUAAUCAAGAAUGCAUCAACUGUUGUAACGCAGACAAGGGUUGCGAACUCUAUGAUAAUGAUGGAUCUUUAAUUUGUACUGGUGGGGAGCCUCAAAGUGCUGCUUAAUUAUUUCUAACCAGUGAUCUGUAAUUAUUGUAUAUGAAAUAAAAGCAUGAUAGAUAUAUAUGCACUGUCAUGCUAAACUCUGUAAUGUGGGCAGUGGAGAUGUUUUCCACGGACAUGCCCAAGAAUUUAAUGAAUAAUAUGAAGCACUAGUUUCUUUUA